GCAGAGGCAGACGAUUACAAGGACUAGGUGUGGAGAGGGAUGAGGAGACGUGACUUCUCUCUCUACAAGGAGUAUGCCACUGAUAGAUGUCCUGAUUUCAAGGACUAUCCCUGGUCGGAGAAGAAUGAGGUCGUGGCUGAGGAAGUGAAGGAGAUACGGGACAUGGUGAAGAGAUUAACGAGACAGAUUACAGAGAUUGUGACCGCCACAGGGGCCACAGCCUACCGGGACAAACCUGGAGGGCCCUAUUCACUUCGCUGGGACCGUAGGAAUAACGAUCCUUGGAGGAGUGUCGAGGAUAGAAAUCCUCGGAUGCUGAUUGAUUAUCGUACGAGGGGGAGAGAGAGAGGCGAUGAAUUAUGGCAACGUAGAGACGAUGAGAUAGACCGAGACCGCAGAGAUCGCGAGCUGUUUGUGCGAGCAAGGAGGCUAGAUGAUUACCCCCAAAGCCCUCGCUAUGAGGCCGAUCGGGGUAGAGGCGACUCCCGUGGCCGAUGGGAGAGGGACGGCAGAUACGAGAGAUCGGACCGGGAUGGAUAUAGGGACGACAGAUACGAAAGGUCGGGUCGAGAUGGCUACAGAGGGAGUAGAUAUGAGAGAGGAGAUCAGGACUGGGAACGACAAGGUGGGACACGCGGACGGUUUGAGCGCGGGGGAGAUGCGAGAGAGCAGCGCGACGAGACGCGAGGAUGGUACAACCGUGGGGACCGACGCGAUGAGUCACGAGGACGCUAUGACUCGGGGGACUGCCGGAAUGACUCGCGAGGGCAGUAUGAGCGAGGAGGGUCUGGAGGAGACUGGCGCAACGAUUCGCGCAGUCGGAAUGAGAGAGGGGGAUAUGGUGUCUCAUCAGAACCAUAUCCAAAGUCGCCUGACCCCAACGCGGCCAGGAAUUCGAUGUCUAGAGGUGCAGACGACAGGGAGUCUACUCCCAGGAACUCAUGCGUCUACUGUAGAGGAGAAGAUCAUAUCAAGAGGGAUUGCCCGGACCUCAAAUGGGCAAUAGAUGAGGGGUUUGUCGUGCUUGACGACCGCAAGUACGUCAAGUGGGCAGAUGAUCUGGGAGAUGUAUCAAUGUUUCCUUCGAUGAAGGAGAACGUCGAAGCAAGGAGAAUAAAGACGAGUAAAGGAAUGAAGCCGGUCAGGAGCCAGAGUAUCAAGAUAAUCUUUGAGGGGGAUAUCGCGACCACACCCAUAAGGGUGGGAGCCACCAAGUCGGCGAGAGCGUUUACAUCGAAGAAAACUGACACGGAUUACGUGAUGGCAGAGAAGGACGGGCAGCGGGUCGAUGGAGAGGAGGUUAUCCUUUCRCCUCGAAAGCGGGGAGUGAAGAAGUUCUUAAUGAAGAGUUCGCUGGACGAGAUUGACACGGCCGAGCCACUGAGGAGGGCCCUUCGACAACCCAUGCAGUGCUGUAUUCUGGAGUACCUGGCGGCAUCGAAGCCGGCUCGUGAUGAGUUACAGAUGAUCACGCAGAAGACUCGCAUACCUCUAUCGGAGGAGGGUCAGGGGCCCCUAAGGCGGAAGCUUCUACAGUAGCAGUAACGGGGGCGACUGCCAGAGCGGAUCACAUGGCGAC